AUGUUUCUGGAUAAACUUUUGGCGUGGAGUUCGUUGGCAACAACAAGGUCGUGGAUUGGCAUUGGAAGAUGGAGCACGUUGUCAUCAUACUCACAGCAGAUCAAGCAAGAGAAAGCGAAAGUCAAGAUCGGCGGUGGAGGAGCAGCAGCCCAAAGAGCUCGAAAACUGCUCAAGGGCUACCAAUUCCCAGAAAUCCGAGCAGACGACUGUCAACAGCAGUUUAUAAGUGGCUGGGGACCUGGUGGUCAGAAGGUCAACACGGCCCAGAAUGCUGUUCAGCUCAAACAUAUCCCUACCAACGUAUCAGUUAAAGUAUGUUUUGUUAUUAUUUUUGUUUUAUCUUUAGUUUCUGUUCUCAGGACUGCAACGGCAUGAUACACGUAUCUUGACGCGGCUGUCUUGAGUCAAUUCACCAGAAACUACAGUUUCUUAGGAAGCCCAUUAAAACGGCCAAUCCUUUGUUUUUUUGCAGUUUUAAUCAAAGUACUAGGAACGUUUAGUAAUUGAAAACAAUUCAGGUUCACGAAAGCCGCCUCCUCCCAGAAAAUGUCUCUAUUGCCUACGAACGCCUCAAGUAUGCUGUGGAUAAACACAUAAACAAAGACGAAUGUUAUACUGCUCAGUUCGACCGGAUCACACGAGAGUACGAACAGAAGAUGAAGAGUCAGAGAAGAAAGCGAAGAGAAGCCAAGAUGGAAAGUAAAGUGCCGUCGGAUGAGGCUGGCUGA